AGGUGAUCUGAGGUCAUCGGAUGGAGAAGACGUUGACCUGCCGAGCCUGUCACAUGGUGUUCCGCUCCACCAGGCUGCUGGAGAAACACACAGCGAUGUUCUGCAUCGGUGGGGGGGCGGAGAGCGGAGGUGGAGGUGUGGACGCUAAACAGACGAGAGCUCCUGAUCUCCUUCAGACGAGGGUUCAGAGAAGAAUCCCCGUCAGGAGGAGCCGUGCUGAGGCCGAGCUGGAGUCGGGAGCAGAAGACAAACGGGCGAUCGCUCAGACGGACGGUGGUGCUCUGCAGAAUCUAACUGACGAGAAGCGAUGCUGUGAUAUAAAUCUAUCCAUUUUUAAACACGGCCCUCAGCCGAGCCCACGUCAUCUGGGUCACACCGAGGGGCUGAAGGAGAUGAGGGAGAUGGCGUCGCUCCACCAGCGCCGGGUGGCCCUGAUCCACGCUCACCACCGGCAGCUGGAGCAGCAGAGAGACGAGCUGGCCCAUCAGGUCUCGGUCCUGAGUGAGCAGAGCCGCUCGAGUCAGCUGGACAAUCUGCUGAUGGAGCUGAGGGAGCAGGAGGAGAGGAACGAGGAGACACUGCAAGAGCUCGCUCGACAUCUCCAUGCAUUACAUGUGCGACCUGCUGAUCAUCCAGUUCCAGCCGAGAAUCCAAAGAUUCAUCCUGACAACUACAAGCUGAUUACCUCUGUGGAUGGGCCGCUCUCUGCUCAGAUAAAAGCCCUGCGACAGACCUACAUGCAGUCAGGUGGGUCAGAUCCAGCCGUCAUGGCGCAGAUGACUGACCUGCAGGCAGAAGCUCAACGUCUGGAGGAGAAUCACGGAGCAGCAGCAGCGUCGGCCGAGGACAGGAGCAGGAAGGUGAGGCCUCGUCUGCCGGGUCCGAGCUGGGAGCUGCUGGUUCUGGAGCAGGAGAACCAGAGGCUGGAGGAGGAGAUCCUCAGGAUGCAGCUGGACAGAGAGAGAAAACAUGACAGCGAAGCAGCAGUGAGGACUGAGCAGUGGUUGAUGCAGAGGGAGAAGCUCCAGCAGAGUUUACAAGCGGAGGUGGAGAGAGGUGGAGAAGCUCCCUGGUCCUGCAGACAACCUCCUGCUAUGUUUCCAGUCCAAACCAAGACCCACAGCCAAGCACCUUUUUCUCUGCUCCAGACGAGAUCCUUCUCCUCUACGUCAGGGAGACACGUGAUGGACCCACUGGACUCUCUGGGUCCAGCUCCCUAUGACCCAGCAGCUGGUUUUGUGGUCUUCUUUGACCUGGCACUGGGAGUUGAUGCUUCUCAGAAAGCGCUGCGCCUGGUGGCCGCUCUCUGCUCUGAGGGUGUGGAAGUGGGACCCCCGACUCCACUGCCCCCUGUCCAGUGUCUGCCGGGACUAUCUUCACCGUACAGCCACAGCCUCGCCCCUGGAAACUACGCUCUCCUGUCAGUGAAACAGCCCGUUCCCAGGAUCCAGCCCUCACCGUCCCUCUGCCUGGUGGUGGAGGUGCAGGCAGCCAGAGAUCUGGAUGUUCACAACCAGGUUCAUGUGCUCCGUCAGUGA